AUGUGUUCUUCAACCUAUGGCCGGAGCAGUCCUUAUGCAACAGAAGUCAUGAAGAUGAAGAAGAGGGAGCUGGCAGCAGGCAUUAAGGAUUCAGAUGUUCUCAUCAAGAGACUGGUGGACUAUGGGAUUUUCACACCUGAACAAAAGCUGGCUCUGUCUUACUACAAGACACACCUUGAAAAAGUGACCAGGGUCUUGGACAUACUGAUUUCCCAAGGGGAGCAUGCUUGUCGAAUGUUUUUUUACCCAUGUCUGAAACAACUGGAGCCUGACUUGUAUCACGUCAUAAGGAAAUAUACCAUGGGCACAGAUGAGAUCAUCCAAGGGACUGGGGGACAGCUAGUGGGUCACUUGCUGGAGAGGGACAAAGAUAACCUGGAAAAAUCUGUCGAGCAAGUGUCUGAAAAGCAGAGUACAGGGGUCCUGGAAGCUUCGGUCAAGCCAAAGACAACUUCUUACGGGGCCUCUAAAAUUAGAAAAUACCCACCAACUCAGACUCCUGGGAACAGUCCCAUUCCUCCCAUGUAUCUCCUGACUGCAUCAGGUAAGGGAGAUGUAGCUGAUAUAGAGAAUGUUCUAGAAGACAAGCAUGUCAAUGAAAUACUGUUCCCCAGAGAAAGCCCACUGGGUAUGGCAGUGGUAGAUGAGCCAGCUGAAAUCCUCAAUUAUCCAAUGACCAAGGGCUCUAGGGCAGAAGGAAAGGAUGGGAAAGAGAAGUCUCUUUUGCAAAGAGCUGCCGAAAGGGCCCGUGGGGAUGCUGCAAAGGUUCUCCAAGGAGGGAUGGGCAGCAAUAACCUAGAAAGAGACCCCAAGAUUCCCCUGAGUUUCAAUGGACCAGGUGGCCAGCCCUCCCUUCUGAGGCCAAUGCUGGAAGAAAACCUUGGGAAACCUCAUCAUUCCCAGCACAGGUCAGUUCUCCAAGAAGAGAGCCAAGGGGCACCGGUGUUCCCAGAGAAUGAGCAUCUCUUGGAUGAUGUGGAUAAGAAUGAAGACUCAGCCUCAGAUUCCACUGAGAUAAAUAGUUUGGACGAAGCCAUCAAGAUCUUGUUAACGGCUGGGGUUAAUGCAGACUCUGGCAUUGUCCACAACGCUUUCCAUCACGAUGAUCGAGCUGUCAUCCAGCUGUUGCUAAAGGACUCAGCCGCCCUUCCUCCCGAAACCAGGGAGCAGGCUCUUUUUGAAGGCGUCCGCAAGAAUCUUCCCGAAGUUGUGGCAGCCUUAGCAGAUGGAGGCACUGACCUCAAUGUGCGGAAUGAUCGCCGCUACACGCCCCUGCUCUUGGCUGCGGAGAUGGAUAGGACCGCGUGCGCAGAAAUCCUCAUCCAGAGGGGAGCCGACCUGGAGGCUAAGACGGCCAGUUUGGAGUCAGCCCUGCACCUGGCGGUGAAGACCGGAGCGGUUUACACAGCGGAGCUGCUGCUGGACAGCGGCAUGAGUCCCAACGUCGGAGGGUGGAACGGUCAGACCCCCCUCCACGUUGCGGCCUGGCACAAUAAGCACGAGAUGGUCAGCCUGCUGAUCCACGCAGGGGCCCAGAUCAACACACUAAGCACUGAGCAGAUCUCCCCGCUGCACAUCGCCUGUGAAAGGGGAAACCUGGAUACCGCUGCCCAGCUGCUCCAGCACGAAGCCGAUGCAAAUGUCAAAAAUAAGCUCUCCAUGACCCCCUUACAUCUGGCUGCCCGCGUGGGCAACAGGACCAUGGUAGAGCUUCUGCUGCAUUCUGGCGCUGACCCCAAUAUGCCUGACAAGGAAAAGAAGACACCGCUUCACUGGGCAACUUCUGGAGGUUAUCUCGAGGUGGUGAAAUCUCUGCUGAUCCACAAAGUCAGGUUUGGAGCUAAAGACAUGGACGGCUUUUCUCCCCUACACUACGCGGCCCUCAAGGGCAACAUGGAAAUGGUGAAACUCUUCCUUGAGGCUGGGAAAAGCAAAAACCUCAACGAGCGAAACAUCUACCGAAAAACCCCUCUGCAUCUGGCCGCUGAACAGGGCCACGGAGACUUGAUCAAAUUGCUGUUGAGCUGCGGGGCGGCCGUGAAUGCCUUAGACAACAACAGAGACACUCCGUUACACUGUGCUUGCAAAACUGGGCACUGGAAUUCCGUCACUUCCCUGGUAAACUGUCCUCCCCGGGAGAAACCUGACUUGCAGGCCGCCAACAGCCUUGGGAAGACACCUCUGCAGGUGGCAGAGUGCACGGCUUCCGAGAACCAAGAGCAGAUUGUGAGCCUGUUGAAAAAAAAAAUGUUCUUAACAAGAUAG